UCUUUCCCUUACAAACAUUUCCAAUGUGUAUAUUAUAUUCGUUGCUCAACUCAUAAUGCUAACAAUGAAACCAUAGGUCUGGCCUUUUUUUAUUUUCUUUUCCUUAUUUACAUUCCAACCUUAUAUUUCAAAGAAGUCGCCGACAACAGGUAAAUGUAUCAACCGAACCCGGCCUUUUCUUACAUGUAGGCACACUAAGUACCUAUUUGCCAACACCGCCCGCUCAUCCCCUUUCUCUCACUUUAAUAAGACGAAUAAAAUCUGAACUCACUUAUGAAUGGCUUAAUUUUAUAAGUGAUUCUCUCAUUGCCCAGUCAUCAAUGAAUUUACCUAUUUUAUUUGUUUCGCUUAUUUCAUCGUCCACACGUUUAUCUAAUAUUGUAUGGGUAUUCGAGACACGAGAGAGGUUACAAAACAACUAAACCAACACAUAGUCUAAAACCGUUACGCAUCACGGUGGCCUCACUUAUACGACUUAUACGCAUAUACUUGUACAGCGCACGAUACGCUCCCUUGCAUGCACGCAUGCCCCCAAUAACAAGUUAGAUUGUAAUAGACAUCAUAUUAAUCAAAUAAAGGAGAAGAGGCAUUAUAAUGACGGCGAUUCAUCAAGAAAGAUCGACAUGUCCGUUUUGCGGUUACAGGGAGUUUGAUGAGGCGGGUGUCAAAAUCCACGUCGAGAACCGACACCGGGAUCCGCAGCUCACUGAACAAGAGGAAGACAACCUGAAGUUAGGUUCAGGCGACCAAUACGAGGAGUAUUUCCAAUGCCCAAUUAAAAGAUGCGACAAGCACUUUUCACUCGGCGAGAUCCAGGCGCACAUAGACCGCCACAGAGCUAAGAAACGGCUCAACGAAUCAGGUGUGGACAUCUCUGGUCUGGGGACCCCGGAUACCGUCAUAGCAAACCAUUGGAAGCACUUCUUGCGGUUGGGAAAACUCGUUACUCAGAGUCAGCUCCCAUUAACGAGAUUCCACGUUGACCGGAUCCCCCAUGGCAAGCUCCCGACCAAGAAGCCGCCGCUUCUUACUCCUAAGGAUAUAGAGGGGUUUCAUGGGGAGGUUCUUGAGAUUCCGGAUAGCGAUGGAGAAGCACCGCUCUCCGACCAUAGCUCGGACGGUGAUAGUGACGGUGGUCUCGGUCCUAAUCCAAAGUUGAAGGUUGCUAUAAAGACCAUCGUCAAGCCGCCAGUUGAUCCACCAGAUGACAAGGACAAAGGCAGUAAUGUGCAAAAAUCACCAUCUAAAAAUGAGCCAAAGCCACCACCUAGCGAUGCGGGAGAGCCAGCAUCGGAGGUUAUUGUAUUGUCUGACGAGUCAGAUUCAGAUGAGAAUACAUUUCUACCCGACGCCCCUGCACCUGCUCCCCCUGCACCCGCACCUGCACCUACACCGGCGCCUACUCUUGGAAGCAGCCAGUUUGACCCGAACGGUCGAUAUAUUCCAUUUAUUGAUAGAAGCCUUCUGCCCAAGGGAAUGAUGAACGCGGCACAAAGGCAAGCUUUGAUAAGUAGCCCGCACCCACGAGAGCAAGGUAUUAUACCUAUCCUAGCACGGACCUUCGCAGCAUGUCCGUCAACAGUAUAUGUGUAUCUCUGUCACCCAGGAACCGAUCAUUACCAAAUGGGGGCCCCAGGUCCGUACUGCGGCUACAGAAAUAUACAAAUGUUGAUAUCACAUAUCAUCAACGGUCAAUGCCCAGGCCACGAAUUUUUCGGGAACGACCCCCCCGACGUUUUCGAAAUCCAGAACAUGAUUGAGUUGGCUUGGGAUCAGGGCCAUAAUAAUGAAGUAGCCCUAAUGGAAUUUCCAAAUGGAAUAAGAGAUACGAAUUUAUGGAUCGGUACCGCAGAGGCACAAGCUAUCUUAAACUCGCUUCAGUCAAACUUUACGUACUCAUCCUUCGAGCCGGAGAAGGGGAAAAAGGGCAGCAAAUCGGGAGGUGAGGUCCAUGCUCGGCUAUUGGACUUUGUUGAAGAGCACUAUAGUCAAGCGCCUGGGGUAAACAAUUCCGCCAAAGUUCGCUCUACGCAAAAAGCGCCCUUAUACUUCCAAUGGGAAGGACACUCGGUAACCGUCAUCGGUAUUGAGAGAGCCGCCAGUGGAGCGAGGAAUUUACUCGUUUUCGACCCGUCUAAAUCAGACGGCAAACGGGUGCUGCGUGCCCGCGGCACAAACGAGGCCGCGCAUCAUCCUGACCAGGCACUCAAAUCUUACCGCCUUAAGCCCAGAUCUGGCAGGAGUUACGAGAUUAUCGGGUACCUACCCCCAGCACCCAGAGGUAAGAAGUCUAAGAAGUAGUCGGAACUAUGGAUGGCUUGCAAUAUUUAAUUGAAUAUGUAGUUUCUACAGUGUAUUCUAGUUAGUAGCAUUUUAAGCAUAUAUAUUAGAUCUUAUUGCUUACUCUAUAACUUUUUUUCAUUUAUUUCUGUGUAUUUGUGAUCUAAGUGUGUAAUGGGAAUAUGAGCGAGUUCAUUGCUUUAAG